CAAAGCGGCCGGGCGAAGGGAGGAGGCGGAGGAGGGAGAAGAAAAUGGCGGCGGCCUGGGCGGACGCGAAGGGGGACUGAGCAGAGGCAGGAACGAGGUCGAGGUGCUCCGGAUCGGCCCCCUUUCACUCCCGGGGGGGCCGGGGUUCUGAGUGUGUGUAAGAAGGAAGAGAGAGGCAGCUGUGAGCUUUUCCCCGCAUGUCUGAGGCUGCCGUAGUCCCGCCUAGCCUAGGGCAUUAAACGCCCCUAAAACGGGGGUGGGGAGCGACCCCUUUCUUUCCUCCCCCCCAUUGAAGGCUUUUCCUCCCCUUUCUGAAUUGAAGGGCAGAUUUUGAGGGGGUUUUGAGGCCCGCUGCUUCUUUAAGGCUUUCCCCCACACUUCCCUUGCUGGGCAUUUAUAUUCAACCCCGCCCCUUAUCGAUUGGGGCCUUUAGGAAUAGUCUUUUUGCACUUCAGUUUUCCUGACGAAACUUCUUGCCCCCUCCCCAAGACUGGGCCUUUCUGAAGUAGGCUUUCUCCCCCCCCCCCCCCCGUCCCAUUGCUUUGGCAGAGCUUCCGUUCCUUCUCCCUGUCCAGCGACUCACACCUGUGUGCCCCUCCACCGCUCCGUGGCUCUGCAUUUCCUGGCUCACCUUUUACAGUAGUCAGUUUCUCUCUCAUCUGUCCACCCCUCCCAAUUCUCCUGACAAGCCCUCUUCCUCCUUCUCUUCCCUAAUCCACCCCACCUGAGAUUUUGCUAUCCUCAUCUUCAAGGGUUUGUUAUUCGAAAGCACCCACUCUACAGCUCAGACCCUUCCAAAACUGGUUAAUUUUUCUCCUUCCCAUUCUCAAAAUAACAUUCUGACCUCUCCUCCCCUCCCCUUCUCUAUUCACAUUCCUCUCUACGCCAUCUAUCAACCAUCAUCCCUUUCUCUUCAGGGAAGUUCCUCUCCCAGACUUUAAAUCAGAAACUGCCAUCCUUUUGUCCUGUGUAACCCCUCUUAUAGCAGCCCCCCUCCAUGAAGGGAUGUUUGAUUUCUCCCACCCUCAUCUCUUUUUCAAGUAGAAUAGCAUCUCUCUGUUCUGAGGCUGAUUAAGCCCUCAUUUUGCCCACAUACCUGUGAGACAGAGAAUCUUCCCACAUACAUGUGAAACAAAGAAUUUCAUUCCUGGAAGCAUUUGCUGUGAACAUCACCAAGAGUCUCGAGAUGUCAGAGAAUCAACCUAAUAACCACCAUCAUCCAAUGAACAAUAAUGGGGAGGCUGGAGCCCCAGCCGGGAAUAAUCGGGGUGUCCGCAACCUUAACCAGAACCCUCUGAUCAACGUCCGUGACCGCCUCUUCCACGCUCUGUUCUUCAAAAUGGCUGUGACCUACGCACGUCUCUUCCCACCCUCUUUCCGUCGUAUCUUUGAAUUCUUUGUACUUCUCAAGGCCCUGUUUGUGCUCUUCAUCCUGGCUUACAUCCACAUUGCCUUCUCUCGCUCGCCCAUCAACUGCUUGGAGCAUGUCCGGGAUAAGUGGCCACGGGACGGCAUCCUGAGAGUGGAGAUCCAGCGCAAUUCAACUCGGGCCCCCAUCUUCCUCCAGUUCUGUGAGAACGAGAAGUUCCCAGGCAUGGUGAUGGAGGAGGAGGAGGAAGAGGAGGAGGAGGAGAUGACCGUGGAGAUGUUUGGGAACAACUCUGUCAGGUUUCAGUUAGAUAUCGAGCCAAACGUGUUCUUCGAACCCCCGCGGGCCAGUGGUGCCAAGGUGUUGGCCCAGAACAAAAGCCAGGAGUUCUCGUUCAGCGGCGAGACGGCUCCUAAAGGUAUGCAGCCUCUCAGCAAGACCAUGUCCAAGUUUGAGAUGCUGGCCAAAACAGUGUGGCCCCAGGAGGAGUAUAUCGUGGAGUAUUCCUUGGAGUAUGGCUUCCUGCGCCUGUCUCAGAGCACCCGCCAGCGCCUCGGCAUUCCGGUCAUGGUGGUGACCUUGGAUCCGACUCGAGAUCAGUGCUUCGGGGACCGGUUCAGCCGCCUCCUCCUGGACGAGUUCCUUGGUUACGACGACAUCCUCAUGUCCAGUGUGAAAGCAUUAGCCGAAAACGAAGAGAACAAAGGUUUCCUCCGCAACGUGGUGUCUGGGGAGCACUACCGCUUCAUCAGCAUGUGGAUGGCUCGGACCUCCUACCUGGCCGCCUUCGUCAUCAUGGUGAUCUUUACGCUGUCUGUUUCCAUGCUCUUGCGGUAUUCGCAUCACCAGAUCUUCGUCUUCAUCGUGGACCUGCUGCAGAUGCUGGAGAUGAACAUGACCAUUGCCUUCCCUGCAGCCCCUCUGCUGACCGUCAUCCUGGCACUUGUAGGCAUGGAGGCGAUCAUGUCGGAGUUCUUCAAUGACACCACCACGGCCUUCUACAUCAUCCUGAUCGUGUGGCUGGCUGACCAGUAUGACGCCAUCUGCUGCCACACCAACACCAGCAAGAGGCACUGGCUGAGGUUUUUUUAUCUGUACCAUUUUGCUUUCUACGCCUAUCAUUACCGGUUCAAUGGACAGUACAGCAGUUUAGCGCUGGUGACCUCGUGGCUUUUCAUACAGCAUUCCAUGAUCUACUUUUUCCAUCACUACGAACUGCCGGCCAUCCUGCAGCAGAUCCGGAUUCAAGAGAUGCUGCUUCAGAACCAGCAAGUGGGCACCCAGACCACGCUCCAGGACAAUCUCAACAACAAUAUGGCGGUCGCCCCCCCUGAGCCAGGGAGCAGGCCACCCCUGCUGCCCGAGGGGCCUGCUGGAGAAGGGGGCGGCCCCCUGGUCUCCGGGGAGGGCCAGGCCACCGCCCUGGGGAGCAACGUGAGCUGGGUGGCAGAGACAGCCGCCGUCAUCUCCGAAGCAGCCUUUCUGUCCAACUUGAGUGCCUCCCUCUUGGAGGCGAGUGUUGGGCCGAGGGCCCGGGCCGAGGAGACGUCACAAGACUUGGCGGCGGCUGCGUCAAGCGAGGCGGCUCAGAUCCUGGUCAGCGGCGACUGUGAGGAGACUCCCGUUGCUGUGGAGGCCGCUUCGCCUGCUGCGGGGGCCUUAAUGGCCAAGACUUGUGCCGCAGAGCAGGCGCCUGCUGCCGUCCCCCCCCCUUUGGCACCCGAGGACUCCUCUGACCGCCCAGAGCCUCCGGUCACAGACUGCUUGGCAGGCCCUGGCUCGGGGGGCUCUGCAGCCCAGAGGGUGAAGGAGGGACCAGGGGAGGCAGACUCCUGCCCAGCACUGCCGGACAGCUUGUCCUCCCCAGGACUGGACUCCAGCCACUGCUCCUGAGCCACCUCCAGCAGCUGAAAGUUUAUCGUGUUCUCGUUGCUCACCCCAUGCUCAUGUGCGCUUGCACCCAGAAUCCUUCUGGGUGGAGAGGCUGGCGUGCAAGAGAUCCCGGGGAACCAUCUAGCCCUGGAGAAACAUAUGAAUGAGAAUGGAAUGGGGGGGGGGGGGGGCUAGGCAUGGUCAAGUCCCUCCCAUCCAAACAAAUUUUCUGCUUUGAGACCCCACCCCCAACAACCCUUCUCCCCCUAAUUCUUCGUGCCCUCAGAGCCCCAGCUGGAGAUCUCAACCAAAGUCUGCUCAUUGAGCAUUUCUGUUUGUCCUGAAGCUUUGUUUGGCUUCUGGCUGAGAGAGAACAAGGAGGUGGCUUGUCUUCAGGCCAGGUGGUGUCGGGUGAGCCAGGGUCAGAGCGGAGGGCAGAAGGGAGCGCCAGUGGCAGUUUCUUUCCCCUUGCAUUACAGUUGGGCUGUCUCUGGCGGCUCCAAGGUGAGAAGUUCUGAUCUGGCCACCCGCAGCCUCGACUCUUCAUUGUAGCCGUCAGCUCUGGACGGGAAUGACAUCUUGCAAUGCUACAUGAGAAAACUGGGUGGAGAUUUUUAGGGCAGAGGGGCUGGGUGUGCUAACCAACAUGAAGCUUGGAAAGUAGCCACUAUGUUAUCCGAAAGGGUUAGGCCUUUUUAGGUUGGGCUGGCAUCUCGGCAAUUUGUAAACGACUCUGCCAGUGGGUGGCCGUUUCCUGAAGCUGGCUUGGUGUGUUCCCAGCCCCCUCUUGGGGCUGCUCCAGGGAGUCUGCUUGGACAGCAGCGGGGUUGGUGAUUCAGCAGGCUAGUUGGGAGGGGUCGGAAAGUCCUUCCGAAUGGUUUCCUGGAGAUGUGUCCCAAAUCCGACCCACUGAGACAGAAGAAGGGAGGGAAGAAGAGUGGGCCUGUUCAGUACUUUGACGCAAAGAGUGAACGUAUGACUUGGUUGCUGUGCUUUGGUUCGGCUGUUCAGUGGGGCCUGCCUGGCUGUUUGUUUUUAGCCCUUCCCCCCCAACUUCCGGUGAUGCUGCUGCAUGAGUACUUGAGAUGCCGCCCUCUGCCCCACAGUGCCUUCUCUCAGGAGAUGCCCACUCUGCAUUUUUCAGGUUCCCCUCCCAUGCAUCCACAGUUACCCCUUCUUGGAAGUCAAGAGGGUGGAUUUGUCGGGGGGGGGGGGGGAAGGGAAGUCGCCCCUUGCUGAAGUGGUGCUCCCCCCCCCCCCCAUGCUUUUAUGUGGCGCUGGGAUACUGCAGCAGCUGUGUUUGCAGAACUGACACUCCAGUGCCUUUUGUAGACCCAUCCGUUUCUAGCAAUAGUGUAGGGGGGAAAUUGGGUGUGAAUCUUUCGCAGGGGAACCAGCUUGUGAAGGGGUGGCCCUGUCUCUUCUGAGACGUUCAUACUGAAAAGGGUUUGACUCAGAACUCAAUGCCUCAAGAUCACAUCCCUGCUGGGUUGCACAGAGGCCGGGGGGGGGGGGGUUCCACAUCCUUCAUUUUAGAUCAGGAAGCUGGGGCGGGGGCCAUCUUAUGCUGCGGGACUUGAAAUAAAGCUCAAAAAACCUCUACAAACGUGGGUGGCCCACGGAUGGCCAAGCCCCUUGUCUGCAACCAGCUUACCCACCGGAGGGGAUGAGGGCAGCCCCCUUGGCCACUUGCCACACCUCAAGAGCCCGGUCUCCCGUCCAGAGCCCGCCUCCUUGUCUGUCUGCCCAGGAUUAGGAUUAUAUUUUGGUGGGCAGGGGGCAUGUGAGAGGAGGAGAUCACACCAAACCAUACAAUGAAUUAAGAGUAGUGUCCAUUCUAUUUAAUUGUACAAAAUGUGUAUUAUAUUAUAUAUAUAAUAAAUACUAUAUCUUAA